AUGCAGGCACAUAGCGCGCUAGCGCAUAGUGCGCUGGCGCAUAGCGCGCUGGCGCCUAACGCGCUGGCGCCUAACGCGCUGGCGCCUAACGCGCUGGCGCCUAACGCGCUGGCGCCUAACGCGCUGGCGCCAAACGCGCUGGCGCCUAACGCGCUGGCGCCUAACACGCUGGCGCCAAACGCGCUGGCGCCUAGCGCGCUGGCGCCUAGCGCGCUGGCGUUUGCUGCGCUGGCGCCAAACGCGCUGGCGCCUAACACGCUGGCGCCAAACGCGCUGGCGCCUAGCGCGCUGGCGCCUAACGCGCUAGCGCCUAGCGCGCUGGCGUUUGCUGCGCUGGCGCCAAACGCGCUGGCGCCUAACACGCUGGCGCCAAACGCGCUGGCGCCUAGCGCGCUGGCGCCUAACGCGCUAGCGCCUCACGCGCUGGUUCUUAGCGCGCUGGCGCCUAGUGCACUGGCGCCUAACGCGCUAGCGCCUAGCGCGCUGGCGUUUGCUGCGCUGGCGCCUAACGCGCUGGCGGAUAGUGCGCUGGCGCCUAACGCGCUAGCGCCUAGCGCGCUGGCGCAUAGCGCGCUGGUUCUUAGCGCGCUGGCGCCUAAUUCGCUGGCGCCUAACGCGCUGGCGUCUAGCGCGCUGGCGCCAAACGCGCUGGCGCCUAACGCGCUGGCGCCUAACGCGCUGGCGCCUUAUGUUUGGCGCCUUGCAGGUGCCCUCGCGGCUCACUGGCACGUUGUAGCGUGCUGGCGGCUUGUGCGCUGCUGCCUAAUUUGCGGCGCUGGCAAAUUCCUGCGGCAGCCUUGUAGCAGCAGUGCGCUGUCAAAUCGUUGCGCACGCUCACGCCUUGCUGCAGUGAGCUCACGCGUUGCUGCAGUGAGCUCACGCGUUGCUGCAGUGAGCUCACGCGUUGCUGCAGUGAGCUCACGCGUUGCUGCAGUGAGCUCACGCGUUGCUGCAGUGAGCUCACGCCUUGCUGCAGUGAGCUCACGCCUUGCUGCAGUGAGCUCACGCCUUGCUGCAGUGAGCUCACGCGUUGCUGCAGUGAGCUCACGCCUUGCUGCAGUGAGCUCACGCCUUGCUGCAGUGAGCUCACGCGUUGCUACGGCAGCCCGCUUGCUCCUCUGCCGGUGCCUUGCUGCAACUCUCUAG